AUGGCCGCUUACGCGAAUUAUCUUCGGUUGGCACGACUUGGAACCAGUUCGGGUUUAAAUUUGUCGACUUUCAGAUCAAUUGGUUCUCCAAAUCCGACAUUUGAAAGGUCUCUGUUCGAUCACCACGAGAUUCGCUCACCAUCUUCUUCUUCUUCGUCGUUACUAUCAUAUUCUCCGUACAGACAAUCCCACGCCAGAUUCAUAUCUCAACUUAUCAAAACCAAUGGGAAACGUGUCCAUCUCGUCGAUACACUCGCUUUGGUAAGGAGCUUAGAAGCACAGGGCCUGCCUUCAAAGCAAGCAGAGGCAAUAACAGGUGCUAUAACUGAUGUUCUGAAUGAUAGCUUAGGAGUUGUUUCUCAGUUGGUUGUUUCCAAGGGAGAGAUGCAGAAAGCUGAAAUGACGCAGGAAUCAAACUUAUCCACGUUCAAAAGUGAAAUUAACAGUUCACUGGACCACCAUUUCUCUUUGCUGCAACACGAGAAUGAGAAACUACGCAAUGACAUAGAGCGAAUCCGCGCUGAUAUAAGGCAUGAGAUCGACAAAGUCACAGCAGGACAACGGUUGGAUUUGAAUCUUGAAAAAGGGAGGAUAAGAGAUGAGCUAACAAAUCAAAAGUCUGAAACCUCUAACCUUACAAACAAACUUGACCGUGAGAUUCACACUUUAAGAGCUCAGUUAGAAGCGGCCAAGUACGAGGUGAUCAAGUACUGUAUCGGAACACUUGUCUCCAUCUCAGCCGUCGGUCUUGCUGUUCUCCGGAUCGUCAUGUGA